UCGCAUUCAGAGCCCGCAAGCAUCGUGUGCAAGAGAGGAGCAAAUCAUCGAUAGCCCGAAUUCGCCGCCGCCGACCGCCCAUCGCAAGAUUUCUUCGUGUGAGAAACGUGGUUUGUUGGAAGCAGAAGGAGAAGGUAGACGUUGCUCUGUAACUUGUGUAAAUUCAGCGAAGAAAAAAAUUGUUUAGCGAAGGAAACCAGCAACGGUUUGAUACACAACUUAUAAACGCGAUACGAUGGAAGAUCUAAGCAACGCAGCUCCCGCUGCCGCCGCGGAGAACGGUGCAAACACCGCGCAGGAGGUAUCGUCGACAACUCAGCCCAUUGAGCCCACAAAGCGCUCGUUGCGCGUGCAGACCUGGAAAAAGAUCCAGGAGGGUAAGGUUGGCGUUGGAUUACACAACAUAUUCAACCGGAUUCCUGCCUUCGUGGAUGCCGAUAAGGCUGCAGCAUUGCUGAUCAACGAGGAGGAGUUCAAGAAAGCACAGCACAUCAAGGUAAACAUCGAUCGCGCCUUGCACGAAUUCAAGGAACAGGCGUUGCUGGCCGACAAGUCUGUUUACUUGCCCAGCACCCGAGACUCUUCAGCGCUUUGCCUGAAGGUAGAUGUGCCAGCCGAUUCCACCGAGGAACAGAAGAAGGAGGCUCUACGCGUCCAGGACAUUCAGAAGUUCCGCACGGAAAUCGGACUAGACAGCGGUCUGAAGCUGGACAUCGUGGUCAUUGGGUCCGUUGUUGUGUCACGCGAUGGCUAUCGCAUUGGACGCGGAAAUGGGUUUGCCGAUCUGGACAUUGGCCUCCUCAUUGAACUGGGAGCCAUCACACCGCAAACAGUUAUUGCAACAAUCGUGCACGAUGUGCAGGUGGUGGACUCGCUGCCUCUGAAUCUGUUUCAGAAGUAUGACACGCCGGUGGACAUUAUUGUGACCCCCACCGAAGUGAUCCGCGUGUCAAAGCGCUUGCCCCGUCCCGAUGGCGUCUUCUGGGAGCUUCUGUCCGAGCGUCGCCUGAAGAUCUUACCUGUGCUGCAGCAGCUGAAGGAGCGGGAAGAGAAGGCGGGAAAGUCGAUAUCCCUUAAGGAGGAGGAUACCGAUGUGGAGCAGCAUCAAAACAAUAGACGCCGCCGUGGGCCCGUGCGUCGUCGCUUCCAACGAGGAAACCCAGGACGCACCACCUCACAGACUGACAACGAACAGCAGGGCGAGACUACGCAGAAACGCACACCGCGCCGCAAAGGUCGUUUCGUUAAUCGCCGCAGACGCACAACCAAGUCUGAGGGCGAUCAGUCUGGAGUCGAGGGAGGUGCUAAGAGUGAGGAUCGUAAGUUCGAAGAGGCCGGCACUGGAGAGCGUCGUCCUAAGAAGAACAAGAAUCGCGGACCUCGUGAUUUCUGCAUCAAAUUGACAAAUUUGACGCGUGACAUUCGCGUCAAGGACUUGAAAACGGAGCUGCGUAAACGUGAAUGCAAUCCGAUGUCGAUUACUUGGAAGGGUCAUUUUGGAAAGUGUUUCCUGCACUUCGGAAACCGCAACGGCACACCCAGCACCCAGGAUGACGUGGACAAGGUGUUGAAGUCCCUCAAUGAUCUCUCGCUGACCAUCACAACCGGUGGCGAGAAUGCCCCAGCCGCCCCAGCAGCUGCAGCAGCCACUGAGGGCGAGGUCGCCGUUAAAACUGAGCCAGCUGAGUCUGCGGCGCCUGUGCAGACCAAGACCAUAAACGUCAACGUCGAGCUGAUCAAGUUUGGCGCCAAGAAGGGCGCCGCCGGCUCCACUGGGGCCAAUGCCAGUGCCGGCGAGGAAGGAAAUGCUGCCGGCGGCGCGCAAAAUGGAGGAGAGACCACAACUGUGGGUGGAGGUGGUGGCGACGUGGGUGGUGCACGCAUCGAGUCCGUCGACACCACCACAGUAUAGUAUGACUACGCGCUUGGCGCAGCCACUGAACGGUCGCGGCGGACUUCCGCCGGCAGCGCAACGUUUGGAGUUCAACGAAAAAAAGUAACAUUUUGUUUAGAAAAAAAUCGAAAAAUAGCAAACAAAAAAUGAAUAGAAAGCGAACUCCGGACACAAACAAACACACAAACACAAAUUACACUCAACCAUACACACUCACACAAUACACACAGACAGACAGUUACACGUGCAUACACUGAAUAUCAUGUUUUGCAGCUUGUAGUUUCUUCUUCUCCUUCAUUAUUCUAACAAACAAGAAGAGCAAACGCAACAUUUUCUAACGAGAAAACAAACCAUUGACGCUUUUUCAAAACAAUUGCAUUUGUUUUUUUGGCCUAAGAAAAACAAAACGAAAAUUCGUUGAUCAUUAUAAGGUUUUCAACAUAAUUGAAACGAUUGCAGAAAUACUCGUUCCACAAAUGCAAAGUGGAACAACAUUUCUUCUUAAUAAUCCUUUACUAACUUCUUGUGACUUACUACAGUUAUGAGUUAGGGACACUUCUAAAUAUUUCUGAAUUCGAUUUCACACCCUAGCACACAUUUAAAACGGUUACUGUUACAUUUCUAUUAUGCAGUUGAGCUGCUAAUAGGAUUGGCAGUUGUGGGCAAAGUUAAAAUAAUAUUCAAAAUUGUAAUAAUAAUCGAAAAGCCCAAAUAAAUGCGAAACAUUGAAAUGAA